CAGAAUAACUUCACAAUUUCGCCUCGUGCUCUUCAAAUAAUCAGCAAUGGCACAAAUACCAUCCAUUGCCGUGCCAGGCCAGCUACUCGGCUCUAUAAGUGACUAUCUACCUGGUCCAGGAACGCAUACGCAUAAUGCAAACCUCUAUGCCUCUAUUCUAGGCCCGGUCACGAAAACGAAUCCUCCCAAGCCCACUGGACCUCAAAAACGUCUAACAAAGAUCACUCCUGCUGCGCCAGGAGGCCUCCCGACCCUGUCGAUCGAGAGGAGCCUCUCCACGCCGGGCGCAAAUGAUGGAGGUGCCAAGAAGACCGAGAUUCUGCCUGAAGUAAACAGCAACGUUUUGUGCAAGGUCACCAGAAUCAAUCCUCGACAAGCCACCGUUUCGAUCCUAGUGGUGGGCGAGACUGUCCUCGAUGGAGAAUGGCAGGGCGUUAUUCGAGUACAAGAUGUUAGAGCAACAGAGAAAGACAAAGUCAAGAUAUUCGAGAGCUUCAGACCUGGAGAUAUUGUUCGAGCUGUGGUGAUAUCUCUUGGAGAUCAAGCAAGUUACUAUCUAUCCACCGCGAGCAACCAUCUAGGCGUUAUCAUGGCAACGAGCGAGGCGGGGAACACAAUGUAUCCGGUCAGUUGGAAGGAGUAUAAGGAUCCAGAAACAGGAGCCAGCGAGAAUAGGAAGGUUGCAAAGCCAUUCUGAAGGCAGAUCAUGAGUAUUUCAUGAAUCUGCGACCUGUAUAGCAUUGGAGUUUAGGCGUUAUGAGAAUACCCUAAAAGUCACGGGCUUCCUCAAAUUAAAAAAGUUACUCUGCUGUGAUGACAGCAAUAUGCCAUCCAUAUCCAGCACUUUCAAGUGCUAUCGUCUCGAUUGAUAGAGCGCUACGAGGUGGAAAAGGGUGGACCUUAGGGCAGGUAUAGACAGAAUAGAGUGGCUAUGGGAUUUCGACAGUGAUGAUGAGGCAGGGGCGUGAAGAAUCUAACGUCACGAACACUUGGGAGGGAGUUUGUAUUAAGUUGCUUCUAUGUACGGAAUACGAUACCUAGGUUUGCCAUACUUGCAAUGAAAAUCCGCUUGGCAAG